ACAAUCAGCGGUUACUAUUGGCGGAACUACUGGAACUGCUAAACUGACAUUUUUUAAAAUGUGUGGCUCUUUCGAUACUUUAUUAUUUUAUUUUAUUAAACUAUUUUAUUGUUACAGAGAAACGGACUCAAAUUAAAAGACAUUAAAGGAAAGCGACAGAACACUUCUCGAGUGAUAAUAUGCAAGACAACAACUACUUCCGGGUUAGUGUUUCAUUGGGGUGUAUGUAGUUCGGUAGCAAAACUGUACCAUGUGUGAUAACUAGUAACAACUAACUACUAUGAGCUCACAGAGGGGUAACGCGUCUCGUUCGCGAGCCCAAAAGCACCAAAACAGCACCGCCUUUAAAAACGACAAAUUUGGAGCGAGUGUACAAGUAAAGAACGCAAAUUCCAAGAUCCACGAUGGACUGUGUCAACACUGCAAGGGCGUUCUUGAGUGGAAAGUCAAGUACAAAAAAUAUAAAACUCUAACACAGCCCCGGAAAUGCAUCAAGUGUUCUCAGAAGACUGUGAAGGAUGCUUAUCACGUCAUUUGUAAGCCCUGCUCUCUUCAGAUGGAAAUAUGCUGCAAGUGUGGGAAGAAAGCGGACAUUGUCAUCCCAGUUAACUUGCAUCUGAACCAAGAAGAAGAAGAAGAGGACAAGGAUAGCAAACAGAAAAGCAAAAUGUGCAAAAAGAAAGACAAAAAUAACUUGGACAGUGAUGAUGACUUUGAUGACGAGGAUGAUGAGGACUUCGUUGACCUUGAAGACAAAGAAGAUGAAGAGAGUAAAUCCGUACUUGAGAAGACACAGAGCAAGUCUGUUCCACUUCCAGAUGUGUCCAGAGUGAAUAUCAUGAAAUAAAUGAUCAGGCAGGUGGACUCUUCGACAUAUUACUAGACAGCAGCAUCUUGUCAUACUAUUUGCCAAGCUGAUACCAAAUGGCGACAUAUUGCUGGUUUCUUCUUGGUCGAGCAGAUUCAAUCAACAUCCAUCCAUCCAUUUUCGGUAUCCUCAUUAGGGUUAGGGGUAAGAUGGAGCCUAUCCUAGCUGACUUUUGGCAAGAGGUGAGGUAAACCUUGAAUUGGUCGCCAGUCAAUCUCAGGGCACUUACAGACAACCAGCUAUUCACACGUAUGUACAAUUUAGAGCCUUCAGUUUAUGUAGCCUCCAUUUUUGGGGACUGUGGAAGGAAACCAGAUUACCUGUAGAAAACGCACUCAAGCCCGGAGAGAACAUGCAAUCUUUAUACAGGAAUGCCUGAGCCCAGAUUUGAAUUUCUGAUUUGUGCAGCGGAUGUGCUAACCACCACAAAAAAUGCAUCAAACAAGGACCUCCGUCGUAUGAGACGUAUUUGUUGUUGUUGUUGUUUUACAGACCACCUGAAUUUACCACCGGUGGAGUCUAUUUAAGCUGUAUCUAUCUCAAGAACGAUCAGUGGAAAUACAAUGCAUCUGAGUAGCAAAGACUUUGGCUUUAUUUUUAAUAAAUUUGCAAAAAUUC